UCAAGCUUUCCUUCAUCUAUUCGAUUUUGUUUUAAAGGGUCCUUUUAGUUCGUACUUUCGUAGAAAAUAGGUUUUGGGAGAGACAAGAUGAGAGCCGGGGUUUGCACGGUGCAACAAGCUCUAACGAAUGAGGCUGCUAACGUCGUAAAGCAAGCUGUUACUCUUGCUAGACGGCGUGGCCAUGCUCAAGUCACUCCUCUCCAUGUGGCUAACACCAUGCUUUCAGCUUCUACUGGUCUGCUCCGUACGGCUUGUAUUCAGUCCCAAUCCCACUCCCAUCCCCUCCAGUGUCGAGCCUUAGAGCUUUGUUUCAACGUCGCUCUCAAUCGCCUCCCGGCUUCGUCUUCAAGUCCGAUGCUGGGAGCUCAUCCCCAAUACCCUUCCAUCUCUAAUGCCUUGGUUGCCGCCUUCAAGCGUGCUCAGGCUCACCAAAGGCGUGGAUCCAUUGAAAACCAGCAGCAACCACUCUUAGCAGUUAAGAUAGCGAUGGAGCAGCUCAUAAUAUCUAUUCUAGACGAUCCUAGCGUGAGUAGAGUCAUGAGGGAAGCUGGUUUCUCUAGUACACAAGUCAAAAGCAACGUCGAACAAGCCGUUUCCUUAGAAAUCUGUUCUCAAAACUCUCCUUCAGUAAACAGUAAGUGCAAGGAAAAUAGCAACACUAAUUUAGUCCUCUCUCAAUCUCCUACUGCUUCUCAAGUCGCAAACAAUAAAGCAGGGAAACCAAUAGGAUCAGAUCCGAUAAUCAGGGACGAAGAUGUCGUGUUUGUGAUGGAAAAUUUGAUGAACGAUAAGAGAAGAAGCUUUGUGGUCGUAGGGGAGUGUGUUUCUACCAUAGAAGGUAUAGUUAGAACUGUGAUUGACAAAGCUGAUAAAGGAGACGUUCCACAGUCUUUGAGAGAUGCUAAGUUUUUAAACCUUUCUUUCUCAUCUUUUGGGCAUCUGAGUAGAGUUGAGGUUGAACAAAAGCUUGAAGAGUUAGAAAGAAAUAUUUGGAAUUGUUUAGGCACAGGGACUGUUUUGAAUCUGGGAGAUCUCAGAUGGGCUAUCGAGUAUACGGUAAGUUCAAGUGAGCAAAGUAGGGGCUAUUACUGUCCAGUGGAACAUAUGAUCAUGGAGCUUGGGAAACUAUUGGUAUCUGAUAUUGGAGAGAGUGGAAGGUUGAAGCUCAUGGGGUUUUCCACUUUUCAAACUUACAUGAGAUGCAAAUCUGGCCAUCCAUCAUUGGAAACUGUCUGGGGUUUGCAUCCUCUAACGAUUCCUGCAAACAGCUUACGCUUCAGUCUCAUCACUGAUGGCGAUCGGCAAAGUCAGGAUGAUAAGGGAGGGGAUGAGAAGCAGCAGCUAAGUUGCUGUGCUGAUUGCUCCUCCAAGUUUGAAAAUGAAUUUCGAAGCUUACAAAGCACACCAUGUAACAGUGAGUCCACUACUUCGAGUCUCCCUCCAUGGUGUAAACCAUACAAGGAUGGUGUUGGUACCAAUGAUAAGGACUCAACCCCGGUCAUAGAAAUUUGCAAAAAGUGGAAUUCGAUUUGCUAUUCGGUCCAUAAAUUACAGCCAUAUUCACUAUCAGAAAGAACCCAUACGAUCUCUUCUCUUUCACCUCCUCCUUCCUCUACUUCUUUCUUUUCGAAUGACAAGCAAAACCCUCAUCUGCAACAUCAACACCAUGAAUGGCCUGUGGUUGAACCUAGACAGUCUUGGAGAGAUUUAAUGGAGACGGAAUAUGUUCACAAGUUCAAGGAGCUAAAUGCUGAGAACUUGACCACACUUUGCUAUGCAUUGGAAAAGAAGGUGCCAUGGCAGAAGGAUAUAGUUCCGGAGAUAGUGAGCACAAUCUUAAAAUGCAGGUCAGGGAUGAUACGAAGAAAAGGGAAGUUGAGGGAUGGUGAGCCUAAAGAAGAAACCUGGUUGUUUUUCCAAGGUGUUGACAUUCAAGCUAAAGAGAAGAUAGCGAAAGAAUUGGCUAGGCUUGUUUUCGGAUCACAAAACAGCUUCGUCUCCAUUGAAUUAAGCAGUUUCUCAUCUACAAGAGCCGACUCGACCGAUGAUAGUCGAAGCAAGAGAUCAAGAGACGAACAAAGUUGCUGUUAUAUCGACAGAUUUUCCGAAGCAGUUUCGAGUAACCCACAUCAAGUGUUCUUCAUUGAAGAUAUCGAGCAAUCGGAUUACACCUCUCAAAUAGGGUUUAAAAGAGCUAUCGAGAGAGGAAGAAUAAGUAAAGCAAAUGGAGAAGAAGGUAUCCUUAGCGAUGCUAUCAUCAUUUUGAGUUGCGAAAGCUUCAGCUUAAGAUCAAGAGCUUGCUCUCCUUCUGGAAAGCUAAAAUCGGAUGGCUCUUCCGAGGAAGGAAAAGUGUUUGCAUCGGAGGAGACACCUGGUCCCUGCGUGUCCUUUGAUCUAAAUAUGUCCAUUGACGAUGAUAGUCUCAGUGAACAAUCAAUCCAUGAUAUUGGGCUUCUUGAAUCUGUUGAUAGGAGGAUCGUUUUCAAAAUCCAGGAGUUGUAGACGAUAAAAAAAGCCAUAAACCCUUCAAGUUGUUAACGUCACGAUUUCGUUUUUCUUUUCUUUUUCUUUUUUGUUCAAAUUGUGUUUAG